AUGGAUGACUUUACAGAUACUUUGUUGAGAGAAUGGGGCUCGGAAUGUGGAAUUGAUGAUAAUACAAUAAAUAUUUUCAAAGAUGAAGAAAUUGAUAAAGAAGCAUUUUUAUCUUUAACUGAAGACAUGAUAAAGGAACUAAUUCCAAAAAUUGGAAAAAGAGCUAAAUUUGUUCAAAAGCUGGAACAAUUUAAAAGGAAAAGUCUAGAAGUUUUUCAAGAAAAUAAUGUACAGCCACUUAUUUUACCACCAGUAGACACAAAUGAAUCUGAUAAAUGCAAAAAUAUUCAGAUUUCUGAUAUUGAAGUUUUUGAAUUUGAAGAUAUUCCUACACCUGACAAUCUUUAUACUCAAGAUUUAUUUCAAGAUAAAACAUUAUAUAGACCUGGAACUUCUGCUAUAAUAGAUAAUGAUAUAACAUCUGAGGUGAAUGAGGAAUUGAGAUGUAAAAGUAGCUUUUAUACUGUAGAGGAAUCAGCAUCAAAAGACUAUAUCAAAAAAAUACUUAAUAAUUAUUCUGACGGUAAUUUAGUUAUUAAGUAUUAUGAAUCAGUUGGCUCUUUAAACCAGUCAAUGAGGAACACAUUAGCCUCAGUUAUUAUAAAGCAUGAAAUUCAACACAACACAAAAAUUGACAAAAUUAAAUUUUUAUUUUUAUCAAAUGGUAUUCACAAUUUGUUUUCUAAUGAAAAUAAGGAAACAUAUUUCACACCUUAUUAUAAAGAAGGUCAUAAUGUAACACCUAUGAGAGGAAAACUGUACGAUAAAUAUUGUAAUUUAAAAAAAGAAAUCAAGAAAACUAAUGAUCAAUCAAUUGAUAUACCCACAAACUCGAUCAGUGAUGAUAAUAGCAUAAACUUAAAAGAUUCGGAUUAUGAAGAUAAAUUAUUAUGGCUUAAAAAUAAUACAGAACCCAUCCAAACACUUCAAAAAUUCUGGAUAGAAAUUAUGGAAUACCAGCAAAAAAAAAAGGAAAAUUUAAUAGAACUCUAUCUUGGUCUUCAAAGACCUACAGGAUAUAUUUCGAUUCAACUUGAUUUCCAGGAUUUAUAUCCAAACAAGGAAUUUUUACUACUGAAUAAAAUUGAUGUUUUUAAAGUUCAACUCAUAAAAUACAUAGACAAAUUUAAUUUUCAAUUUGGAGUUCAACAUUUCAAUACUGUUAGAGAAUUAAAGAAUCCUUCAAAGCCUGGUAACGACUAUGUAUCAAUUUUAAAAUUACUUCCUCUAUUGUUUCAACCAAUAACUAUAAGACUAAACAAUAAAAGAAAAAAAGAUUGCAUGCCAUCAGUUUGGAGACCAUCAAAAGUGGAGCAAGCUGCUGCUUUUGUAACAUUUAUAUCUGAUGUCGGUGAAUUGAAAACAUUACACAACUCAAAAAUAGAAAAAGCUCUACAAUUUGUGUUAACAUUGCAACCGUAUGUAAUAAUUGUUGGUUCAACCGAAAUAUUUACAGUUGUUAAUAAUAUUUAUUUUAAAUUGGAAACACCACUGAAAGGCCUUGACGUAUGUUUCAAAACAUUUUUUUCAUUAAAUGUACACUAUCCUGCAGAAAGUGAGCGAGUAUGGUUUUUCAUACAGAAAUAUUUUUAUGACAUAAAUCUUAAAUCGGAUAAAAACAUAUUAUCAGUACAAACUCUAAUAAAUGAUUUGAGUAACAUAUAA